AUGGCUCUCCAAGCUACAAAUGUGUAUAGUACGAACCAAACGGCCGACAAUCUUAGCAGGCACGAAAUCCUUAACUGGAUAAACACAUGCUUGGAAGCUAACUACGGCAAAAUCGAGGAACUGUGCACAGGUGCCGCGUAUUGUCAGCUGAUGGACAUGCUCUUCCCUGGUGUACUAAACUUCAAGAAAAUAAAGUUCAAUACCAACUUGGAGCAUGAAUACAUUGCAAACUUUAAGCACUUACAAGCCAUCUUUAAAAAGUUAGGAGUGGAUAAAGAAGUCCCGAUUGAGAAGCUUGUUAAGGGGAAAUACCAGGAUAAUUUUGAAUUUGUUCAGUGGUUCAAACGCUUUUAUGAUGCCAAUUACACUGGUCAACCCUAUGAUGCUCUGGCAGCUCGUGGUGGUGAACAAAUUAAGGGUUCUGAAAAGCCUUCUAAUAAGGCUCGUCCAGCGCCUUCACGAACAGCCAUCGCCACGACUGUGAGAGCAAAUGAGUCGCGGGCGUCUGCUGCGAAACACAUUGGCCCAACCAGAAGUUGUGUUCCCGCUCCCACCUCUGCUUCCCGUCAAAAUCAUCAGGGCGCUGGCGAUUCAAUGCAGUUGAGCGCUCUUCGAGCGGAACUCGACAACCUUAGUAUUCAGGCUGAAGAGGAUCACAAAACAAUUGAGGGUCUAAUGCAGGAGCGUGACUUCUACUUCAGCAAGCUUCGAGACAUUGAAGAUUUGUGUCGAUCAAUAGGGGAAAACGAUUUGACUAAGAAGUUCCUCGACAUUCUCUACGCAACUGAGGAGGGAUUCGUGCCCCCUGAAUCAGAUGAGCCGGAGGAGUUCUAG